AUGGUCAAGCUUCCGGACGAGAUUGAGCAGAACCCAGAGCUUUACGGCCUCAGGCGAUCAGGCAGAGAUAGACGGGUCACAACAUUUGCCGAGGAAAGCGACGAAGACGAACCCGUGACGCGGAGACGACAAGGAACUUACGAGGAGUAUGAGGACGGGAGCGAGAGUCCCGAAGAUUUUGAGGAUUCUGACGAUGAAGACUUUGGUGCCUCCAAAAAGAGAAAGCUGAACCUGAACCGAGCCAAAACUACUGCCAGACUGAAAAAUGGUAGGCGUGCAACUAACUCGAGAAGUAAAACAGCUUCUGCACAUGUUACUCCUACUCCCCCAGCUGAAGUGAGGUUUUCUACGAGGAACAACAACUCUCAGGUGAAUUAUGCCGUGGACUACGAGGACGAUGACGAUCUAAUGGAAAGCGAAGAAGAAGGCGCAGGCGACUACUACUAUUACGAGCAGGCCAUGGAAGAGGAGCUGGUACGGUCAAUUGACGCUGUGUUGGACCAUAAGCUCAACCCAGAGAAUGCUGAGCAGACUGGGGAGCCCAAGCUCGACUACUUGUUCAAAAUCAAGUGGUCUGAUGCCUCUCACUUGCACAACACGUGGGAGUCGUGGCAGUCGUUGAAAGAGUACAAGAGUUUCAGAAGAGUCGAGAACUACAUCAAACAGUUCAUCGUGUUGGACCAGGAGAUCCGUAACGAUCCAUACACGACUAAGGAAGAUAUCGAGGCUAUGGACAUCGAGCGUGAGCGUAAAAGAGACGAACAGGAAGAAUACACGCAGGUUGAACGAAUUGUCGACAGCGAUAGAGUUGAGCUCGAAGAUGGCACCUCGCAGCUACAGUAUUACGUGAAAUGGAGAAGACUCUACUACGACGAGUGCUCGUGGGAGAAUGCAGAGACGAUAGCAGAAAUUGCUCCAGAGCAAGUAAGCAAGUACCAGCAACGUCUCCAGUCCAAGAUUCUUCCUAACCUUUCGGCUACGUACCCGCAGAACCAGAGACCUCGUUUUGAGAAAUUGAACAAGCAACCAUUGUUCAUCAAAAAUGGAGAAUUGAGAGAUUUCCAGUUGACUGGUUUGAACUGGAUGGCUUUCCUCUGGUCUCGUAAUGAGAACGGUAUCUUGGCAGAUGAGAUGGGUCUUGGUAAGACUGUGCAGACGGUGGCUUUCUUAUCGUGGUUGAUCUACGCAAGAAGACAAAAUGGGCCCCACUUGGUUGUUGUACCCCUUAGUACAAUCCCCGCAUGGCAAGAAACGUUUGAAAAGUGGUCGCCUGAUGUUAAUUGUAUUUACUACUUGGGUAACACGGAGGCAAGAAGGAACAUUCGGGAUUACGAGUUCUAUGGUGCCAACAACAAACCAAAGUUCAACGUCUUGUUGACAACCUACGAGUAUAUUUUGAAAGACAGAAACGAGCUUGGUGCGUUCAAAUGGCAAUUCCUCGCUGUUGACGAAGCUCACAGAUUGAAGAACGCGGAGUCUUCCUUGUAUGAGUCCUUGAAGCUGUUUAAAGUGGCUAACAGAUUGUUAAUCACGGGUACGCCCUUGCAGAAUAACAUCAAAGAGUUGGCCGCAUUGUGUAACUUCUUGAUGCCUGGAAAGUUCAAUAUAGACCAAGAGAUCGACUUUGAGGCACAGGAUGCGCAACAGGAAGAGUACAUCAAGUACUUGCAACUGAGCAUUAAGCCCUUCAUUUUAAGAAGACUCAAAAAAGAUGUUGAAAAGUCUCUUCCUUCUAAGACCGAAAGAAUCUUGAGAGUGGAAUUGUCUGAUGUACAAACAGAAUACUACAGAAACAUUAUCACCAAAAAUUACGCUGCUUUGAACGCUGGUGUGAAGGGGUCCCAAAUAUCCUUGUUGAAUGUCAUGAGUGAGUUGAAAAAAGCCUCUAAUCACCCAUACUUGUUCGAUGGAUGUGAGGAAAAUUUCCUUGCCAAGGCUGGAGGCGCCUCAAGGGAUAAUAUCUUGAGGGGUAUCAUCAUGAACUCUGGUAAGAUGGUGCUUCUAGAACAGCUUUUGACGAGACUUAAAAAGGAAGGUCAUAGAGUUUUGAUUUUCUCCCAAAUGGUCAGAAUCCUCGAUAUUUUGGGUGACUAUAUGUCCAUCAAGGGGUAUCAGUUUCAGAGACUUGAUGGUGGUAUCCCUUCAGCUCAGAGAAAGAUCUCCAUCGACCAUUUUAAUGCACCAGACUCCAAAGACUUUGCGUUCUUGUUGUCUACAAGAGCUGGUGGUUUGGGAAUCAAUUUGAUGACAGCUGAUACCGUGAUCAUUUUUGACUCUGACUGGAACCCUCAAGCAGACUUGCAAGCAAUGGCCCGUGCACACAGAAUUGGUCAGAAAAAGCACGUAUCUGUCUACAGAUUCGUGAGUAAAGACACAGUUGAAGAAGAGAUUCUUGAAAGAGCUAGAAAGAAGAUGAUUCUUGAGUAUGCUAUCAUCUCGUUGGGUAUGAGUGAUCCGAAUUCUGGUAAGAAGAAUAAGAACGAGCCCAACACUAGUGAGCUCGCUCAAAUUUUGAAAUUCGGUGCGGCUAAUAUGUUCACAGCUUCAGACAAUCAGAAGAAGCUUGAAGAAUUGAAUUUAGACGAUGUUUUGAAUCGUGCCGAAGACCACGUCACAACCCCUGAAAUUGGCGAGUCCAACUUAGGUUCUGAAGAAUUUUUGAAGCAAUUCGAAGUCACUGACUACAAAGCGGAUGUCGAGUGGGAUGAUAUCAUCCCUCAAGAAGAGUUGGCCAAGUUGAAGGAAGAAGAGAAAAAGAAGGCUGAGGAAGAUUAUCUCAACGAACAGAUUGCGAUGUAUUCACGUAGGAGGGCUGCGGUCAAGAAGUUGCAAGGAGGUACCCCAGACACCAGUGGGGUUGAGGACGAGGACGAGGAAGAAGGUACCGGAAGGCGGGCAGCAAGAAAGAAGGCUGAGGAGAAUCAUGAAUUGUCAGAAAAAGAGAUCCGUGGAAUUUAUAGAUCGAUUCUCAGAAUUGGUGACUUGUCCGGGAAAUGGACUCAGCUUGUCGAAGACGGCAGCAUUUCCAAUAAGAAUCCUGUGCUCAUCAAACACGCUUACAAUGAGAUCAUCAACAUUUCUAAGAAGUUGGUGAAGGAAGAGGAAGCUAGAAGAGCAGAGGCACUCGCCGAAUUGGAGAGGAAAGCCAAGGAAUCUAAAUCCUCUACGGUAUCAACUGAUGGGGAGAGCCCAAUGGCCUUGUGGAUAGCAAAGAAGAAAGAGAAGAAGGCAGUGUUGUUCACCUACCAGGGAGUUAAAAAUAUCAACGCGGAAUUGGUGUUGUCUCGUCCUCCCGACAUGAAGCUCCUAGAGUCCAUGAUUCCCAAAGAGAAUCCACUCUCUUUUGAACUUCCCCGUACACCCAAACUGGUGCAGAACUGGAAUUGUGAAUGGACUGCUAAGGAUGAUGCUAUGCUCCUCGUUGGUGUUAACAAGUUUGGAUACGGCUCAUGGACCCAGAUUAGAGAUGAUCCUCUUCUUGGUUUGCAAAACAAACUCUUCCUCGAAGGUGCGAAGGGUGCGGCUGAACGGCCUUCAGAAAAAGAAGCCAAGGGAGCUAAUAAGAAAGUUCCUGGGGCAGUCCACAUCGGAAGAAGGGUUGACUAUUUAUUCUAUUUGUUGAGAGGUGAUGAUGACAACGUGAGCUCUACAAAUGGCACUACAAAGAAAAAGGCAGUCAAGAAACCAAAGAGCGAAGGUGUUGCUAAGCCAAAGAAAGCUUCCAAGUCUCUGUCACCUGAGGUGAGGGUCAAGAAGCCCAAAGCAAAAAAGGCUUCCUCGGCUUCAAGUGUCAAUUCUCCAAAACUCGAAAAUCACUCCACCAUGAAGAUCAAGAAUGACGACGACCACGCAGACGAUAAUGACGAUUACUUGGAAUACGACAGCAUGGACGAAAAAUUGUGCAAGGCUGUUCUCAAACCUGUGGCCAAAUCACUUAUGAAAUUACACAGAGGGAACCAAGGUUUGGAGAAACAUGAGUGGGCUAUGUUGCUUAGGAAAGAGUUGGUCACAAUCGGUGAAUUCAUCGAUAAAAUUUGCAAAACCGAACGCGACGACAAGUUCAGCAAGCACUUGUGGUCGUAUGCUAGCUUUUAUUGGCCUGCAAAGGUGCCAAGUCUGAAGAUCACUGCGAUGUACACCAGAAUCAAGAGUCAAGCAGAUGCAUCCAAGGGAAAGAAAGGAGAGGAAUCAAAGAAAACUGUAACCGUUAAGAAAGAGGAGCCUAUGAGAAAUAAUGAGCCUCCAAAGAAGGAGAGUCCAAGAGAAGCAAAGGCUUCAGAUACAAGAGUGUCCAACGAGGAAAGAAAGAAUACGGAAGAGAAGCCUAAGGAGGAAGAGCCAAAUGAGGCGACAGCUGCUAAACCAGAGACUACCGCUACAGCUUCUUUCACUGUCUCCGAGGAGACUGCCUGA